GAAAACAACGAAAGUAACCGUCAAAUGUGGUCUGAAAGCGAAGCAAAUAAACCUGUUGUGUUAGAAUUUCUACUGGCAAAAUAUCUCCGAUAAAUGCUUAUUAUUUUGUAAAUAAACGAAUAUUACUACAACAAUGCACACACUUAAUUUUCGUUUUAUAUCAUUAAAAAUAAUUUAAAUUAAUUCAAACCAGCUACGAGUAAAUAGUAAACAGGUUAACUAAUUAAAAUCCGAUGCUGGCAAUCUGAGUGCGAUCGCUUGUUGAUCCAGUGCCUGGUGUGAAGUUGAAGCUUCAGCAAUCUAUUCUACGCUGUGAAGUUAUUUAUUUAGCAAUAUUAUUUUUUCCAUUUUUACACUUGAAAAAUGAAUGUUAAAUCCACUACUUUUCCUCUCGUUAACCCGCUUUCGAAGCCAAUACUCUACUCGUAUUGGCGCAGUUCCUGUUCGUGGCGAGUGCGCAUCGCACUCAACCUGAAGGAAAUACCCUACGACAUCAAGCCAAUCAGCUUAAUCAAAUCGGGCGGUGAGCAACAUUGCAAUGAAUAUCGUGAAGUAAAUCCCAUGGAACAGGUGCCGGCUUUGCAAAUCGAUGGUCAUACACUCAUCGAAUCGGUUGCCAUAAUGCAUUAUUUGGAAGAGACGCGUCCUCAACGUCCACUAUUGCCUCAGGAUGUGCACAAACGGGCCAAAGUACGUGAAAUAGUCGAAAUCAUAUGUUCCGGUAUACAGCCAUUGCAGAAUCUGAUUGUAUUAAUCCAUGUUGGGGAGGAGAAGAAGAAGGAAUGGGCUCAACAUUGGAUUACACGCGGUUUUCGUGCUGUCGAAAAGGCGCUCUCCACCUCGGCUGGCAAAUAUUGUGUAGGCGAUGAGAUUUCUAUGGCUGAUUGCUGUCUAGUGCCACAGGUCUUCAAUGCAAGAAGAUUCCAUGUCGAUCUACGUCCUUACCCCAUUAUCUUGCGCAUCGAUCGUGAAUUGGAGGCUAACCCCGCCUUCCGUGCCGCCCAUCCCUCCAACCAACCUGACUGUCCACCGGAGCUGCCAAAUAAAUAGAAUUUCCCGCCAACAACUGCUAAGCGCCGCAAAACCAAAAAAUGAUUGCGUACACAACAACAGCAAUAAUAAUAACAACAACAACAACAGCAACAACAACAACAACAACAUUAACUACAUAAAAAAUUAAGCACUAGAGAAACGCGGAAACCCACGAGCCAAACAAUCCAAGCAAAUGUGGCCCUGUCAAGCAGUUGAACCAAUUUAACCAAGAAAAAAAAAAA